CGGGCCACCUCCCCGCUAGGGGUCGCAAGGGUCGGCUGGCGUCAGGCAAGGACCCAGGGGACGCUUUCCCGACGUCGGUCGCGAUCAUCACUGGCACAACGGCUAGAGACGCUCAGCAGGUUAGCGGGGAGGGCGGUGGAAGCGGAAAAGGACGCCGAAGAGCGACACGGACGAAGCUCGGAAGGCCCAGAACGCGCGGCCCGGACCCCUAACCCGCAGCCCUCAUCCGGGGCUCUCAAGCCGGGCUCCCAUCCGGGGUUCUCAGCCGGGACGCUCAUCCGGGGCCCUCAUCCGGCGCCCUCAUCCGGGGCCUGCCCUCCCCCGCCGGAAGCGCCACCGAGAAGCGUCAGCCUCCCCGCAGUCUAGAGCGGUCGGGGCCAGGCGGCUGUGGCCCUGGGAGCGAGCGUGUCUGCGACGGGACGGCUGCCAGGCCCGCCCCUCCGCUCGGUGAUGGUUAUUGUCCUCCAGAACAGUGAUGGAGGAACUAUCGGCCCAGGAAGCAGCAGGAUCACCAGGGGUCCAGUUUCCGUCUUUGGAGGCCCAGUCUGAGGGUCUGUCCCCAGAGCCUCAGUUCCUGCAGGACACCGACAUGGAACAGGGACUCACCGGGGCUCCACCUGUUCCCCAGGUGCCUGCUCUUCCCCACGAGGGAAGCCCAGACCAGGCAGCUGCGCUCCUGACAGCCAGGUACCAGGAGUUUGUGACAUUCGAGGAUGUGGCUGUGCACCUUACUCGAGAGGAAUGGGGAUACCUGGACCCUGUUCAGAGGGACCUCUACAGAGAAGUGAUGUUAGAGAAUUAUGGGAACGUGGUCUCACUGGAUGGAGAGACCAGAGAAGAGAACAAGCUGUUGAUUCCUAAGAAAAUUUCGGAAGAAGUACAUUCACACAGAGUGAGAGUAGGAAGACUCAAACAGAAUAUUGCUCAAGUUCCUGAGACUAGAGAAGUGUGUAAGUCUGAGGACAGAUUAGAAAGGCUUCAGGAAAUUCUAAAGAAAUUUCUCUUCCUGGAGAGAGAGUUUAGGCAGAUAACAAUCAGCAAGGAAACCUUCACCGGUGAGAAGAACAGUGAAUGUAAUGAACCUGAAAAAAGCUUCAAUCUGGACUCUACCAUUGAUACAGAUCAGAGAGUUCUUAGAAUACAAAAUGUUGAUGACAGUGAUAAGUACGACAUGAGCUUCAACCAGAAUUCAGCUGCUGGUAAACAUGAACAUAUAAAUCUAUCACAGAAUUUUCAGAGUAGUGAACAUAAGGAAAGCUUAAUGGAUCUCUCCCACCUUAAUAAAUGGGAGAGCAUUCCCAACACUGAGAAAUCUUAUAAAUGUGAUGCAUGUGGGAAAAUCUUCCAUCAGAGCUCAGCUCUUACUAGACAUCAGCGGAUCCAUACUAGAGAGAAACCUUAUAAAUGUAAAGAAUGUGAAAAAUCUUUCAGUCAGAGCUCAAGUCUUAGUCGACAUAAGAGAAUACACACUAGAGAAAAACCUUAUAAAUGUGAAGCGUCUGAUAAAUCCUGUGAAGUAUCUGAUAAGUCCUGUAGUCCAAGCUCAGGCAUAAUUCAGCAUAAGAAAGUUCAUACCAGAGCCAAAUCUUAUAAGUGUAACAAUUGUGAAAGAGUGUUCAGUCGUAGUGUACACCUUACUAAACAUCAGAGAAUUCAUAGAGAGAUGCCCUGUAAGUGUACUGUAUGUGGUAGUGACUUCUGUAAUACUUCAUACUUAGUUGAACAUCAAAGGAUCCACCAUGAAGAGAAAUCCUGUAAGUAUGAUGAAUGUGGGUUGGCCUAUAUUAAACAUCAAGGAAUUCGUUUCAGAGAAAAGCCAUAUACGUGUAAUGAAUGUGGAAAAGACUUCAGAUUGAAUUCACAUCUUACUCAGCAUCAAAGAAUUCACACAAGAGAGAAAACACAUGAAUGUAACGAGUGCGGAAAAGCUUUCAGUCAGACUUCAUGCCUUAUUCAGCAUCACAAAAUGCAUAAGAGAGAGAAAUACGAAUGCAAUGAUUAUGAGGACGGCUUCAGUCAUAGUUCAGAUCUUACCCUGCAACAAGAAGUCCUCACCAGACAAAAAGUCUUUGAUUGUGAUGCAUGGGAAAAUAACUUCAGUCAGAGGGCACACCUGGUUCAACAUCAAAGAAUUCAUACCAAAGAGAACUCUUAUGAAUGUAAUGAACGUGCACAGACGUUUAGUCAAGUUCAGGCUUCAUUCAACAUCUGAGAGGUUAUACCAGGCAGAAAUCAUGUAUGUACUGAACGUGGUAAAGUCUUCAGUCAUAGCUGAUCUGAUGCUCAGCGUCGGAUGAUCACACCAGGGAGAAACCUCCGAACGUGAUGAAUGUAGAAAAGAUGUUACUGCUAAACUCUUGUUCAACUCCUGCAAACCCAUGCCAGGGAGAAAAUCUAUACAUGUAUUGAGUAUGGUAAAUUCUUCGUGCUAUUUUCAUACCUUAGUCAUAUUUGGCUAAUUCAUACUGUAAUAAAAUUUUAUUGCUGAAAUGAAUGUGGAAAGGCCGUCAGUCAAAGAAACUACCUUUUUACGUAUCAGACUCAUGCCAUGCAGAAAGCUUAUGAGUGUAAUAAAUGUGUAUGUGUGUGAAGACAUUCAGUCAUUACGCAGUGCCCAUUCAACAUAAGAGUCUGAACCCAAGAGAUGUCAUUUGAGUGCAGUAAAUGUGGCAAAUCUUCCAGUAGGAGUUCAUCUAGUUUUUGUCAUCAGAAAUCCAUUGCAGACGAGAAUAUGAUAUAAUGGCAAAUACAUAUUUUAGGCUUUACCCAACAUCAAAAUGUUAGAGAGGAAACUUUGAUUAUUUGUUCCUGAAAUUGUAUAGUCCUAAUCUUUUUCCUUGUUAAGAAUUUGGUCUGAGGUUGAAUACAGUGCCGUUUUCUCAUAGCAUUUCUUUAUUUAAUGUAAGUGUUCUAAGUAUGUCUGUAUAUUUUAUUUAUAUAACUCAUUUAAGCUAUUUUUAUUUUAAUAUGGUCUAUAAACAUUUUUAUUUUUCUUUAAAUCGGUUCUUGUAAGAUAUUGUUAGUGCUAGUGUUAGUGUUAAACAUACCAGCUUCUGGAAAGUAACUCAUUUCGCUUUUUCGGCUGUUCUCUGCCCAGGUUCUCGCCAAAAUAGAUGCUUAGGCCUGCUCUUUUCUAAGGACGCUACAUUGUUGUAUUCCUUUACAAUGACAACACUUGAAUUCCUGUUGACUUCUCCAUUCUCUUAAGCACCUUUAGAUGAUAGAUUCCUCUAGAUUUAAGCUUUUCACCAGCAGGUAUGCUGUCCCUACUUGAUGUUGCUGGUCUGAUGUCUUUCCUAAGGUGAAGCAUCUUUAAAAAAAAAAAAAAAAAAAAAAAAGAAAGAAUUGGAUUUCCACAUCCAGUUCAGCUAUAAGUAUGAAGGAUUCUGUCUCCUGAGUUUGUGGCAGGUAGCUAAACAUUUCAACUGACACCCAAAUUCUUAGCUGCCUUGUCUGAAUCCACAGGACAUCAGGGAGCCAAUGAUGACUCCUGGUGGCUAACUAUACGUUCAUUCAGUGCCUAUUCUGCAUGCCUAGGUUUAGAGUUCUUUUAUAUACCUCUAAGGCCAGCAAAAUGCUCAGGUCUGUUUUUGAUAGGGCAAACAUAAAGAACAUACAACAAAAUCAAGCAUCAUAAGGGAAUGCAGCCUUCCAGUAAACAUGAUGCUUUUCUUAUGUAGUAUGUUUAGAGGAUAUUUCAAGAAAGUGGCAGUCUGUUCCUGGUAAAAUUUUAACCACUAGAAUUGCUUAUUUAUCUCUUUGGAUCCCCUAUCCCCCCCAUGUCCCUUCAUCAAUCCAGGACAGUAUUUGAAGUGUGGGGGGUUGUGUAUGAUUAUCACCACAUUUUUGUAAUUUAAUGGAGUCUACAGGCCAUAUUAAAAAACAUGGCUUUUUUGAUUGGUAAAAGUGAUAAAAAAUGUUGGCUCCAGAGUUCAGGGCCACCAUCAUAUACCUAGCAAGAGUUCAUAAUUCUUUAGGUGAUGUCAAAGCAUUUUAUUAUGUUUUUCCAUCUUAAGCUUUAUAACAUUUUGUGAAUAAGACAAGUGUUAUUUAAAAUUCUAGUUGUCAGUUCAGCAAUUGAGCUUUCAUAGUUCAGAUGUUGUAGUCACUAAGGAUCCUCAACAAGUAUAUAAAAAUGUAUUGCUCACAUGUAAGUCUCUUGUGGCUAACCUUUAGGAUAGUUCUGCCACUAUACUUUGCCAUCUGCAAUAGGAUAUCUUCAAAGUAAGGUACUGCUCUAAACAUGUUCUAAGUGAAAUUGAUAUGUAAAUGAAUUAAUCUAUAAUGUAAAAGCAAAUGAAAAAAAUGCAUGUUUUUUUUUCCCUAUCAAACAUGUAUACCCUUACUUAUAGAGACCAAUAGUCACCUAUGGUGACUGAAACAGGAUUAUGUAAUCCCUAAAAGGCAGAAUAUGUAAAAGUCACAUGUAUACAUUUGGUUUAGGAAUGUGCUUUUGUACUUCCACUUGAAUAAAGUGUGUUUGGUAUUCUGACAA